AUUUCGAGUUCUCUCGUUCGCGUCUCUAUUCUUCUUCUCAUUUAUCUUCAUUUUCUUACUCUACUACUCUUUCAAUAUGUCGCUCAUUAACCACCCUUGCAUCAUCUGCUGCCGACCCACUUCCAUGUGGUGCAGCCGCUGCCAAAAUGCAUGGUACUGCUCUCCGGAGCAUCUCCAGAGUGAUUGGCCCCGCCACCGUCGCGAAUGCAUCCCGACGAACGCGCCACAGCCCCAGUACCCGAACAUGAUCGCGACGCCGCCGCCCGCCCAGGCAGAACUUGUCUCUGUGUCGGCGCUGUUAUUCAUGCCACACGAAGACCGCGUGAAGGUGACGACAGUGCAGUGCCGCCCGCAAGGCACAAUCUCGCAAGGGAUGUGCCCCACGCCCCUCGUCCAAGACUGGUUCACGGAAAGUGUGCCCAACACCAUCAUCCUCACGCAAGGAUUAAAUGGCGAGCCGCUUCGGUUCCCUCUUCACAUAUGGUACUGCCCGACAUCGCUACAGCGCGGCUCGCCGGUGAAUCGCGCGAUAUAUCGCAUAACGUCCGGCGCCGCGCAGAAGCCCUGGUGCGGUCCUGUCAUCGUGCUCAAGUUCAACGGAUCUCGACGCCAAGGCUACGCAGACGCAGGGACGAAUGAUCUCCCUGCCCUAUCGGCUUACUUCCUCGCCUACAAAUGAUCUUGGUUGUGACGCGCGCCGCUCAUUCGCACACAGCCCCGCAGUUGUCACCCGCAGUGCGUCAUUGUGCACACACAAAAGAAACCGUGCGGUAUAAUCUGUACAUAUCUUCUUGAGUAAUUGCUACCCCUUGUCGUUUGCUUGCUUUCGCACACCGUACAUACCUAGAUACCUCUGUCUAUAGUCGACGUCUCAUGGACUCCUGUUGUAGCUACGUACGUACAUGAGUCGUUGUCGCUGUCGCACUGUACCCAUCGCAUCUUAUUUAGAGUUCCUUAUGCAUUGGACAAUCACAUGAAUCGUCACUUCCC